GGGUGGGUCCAUUGUUAUCAGCCAAACUUGUGCUCGAGAGAGGAUGGGCCGUUAAUGUCGGUGGAGGAUUUCACCAUUGUUCGGCGGAGGAAGGGGUGGGUUUUGUGCCUACGCUGAUAUUACACUCUGCAUUCAGUUUGCCUUCGUCUGGAACUAUUUAUGUGACUUGUACCAAGUGAUUGCUUGCCCAGCUGUGAAUAUACUCUGUAAACUAUCUGUGUUGAUACUCAUCCUCUGUCAUGUUAAUCUUGUUUAGUACAAUGUUCUUCCAAUUGCAUAGGACUAGUGCAAUGCAAGGGUUCAAACAUAUGUAUAUUGUUUACUCACUAGUUUAGCUUCAUAUAAGUACCUAUCCUUUUCAAACACUUGCAGAGUAAUGAUCAUAGAUCUGGAUGCUCACCAAGGAAAUGGCCAUGAAAAGGAUUUCGCUAAUGAUGGAAGGGUUUACAUUUUGGACAUGUACAAUGCUGGAAUUUAUCCCUUCGACCACGCUGCUAAGUGGCAUAUUGAUCAAAAAGUCGAGUUAGUUAGUGGGACAAAAACAGAUGAUUACUUGGAUCAGCUUGACAAGGCUCUCAAGGUCGCACAAAGUAGAUUUCAGCCCCAGUUGAUUGUUUAUAAUGCUGGAACAGACAUCCUGGAUGGUGAUCCAUUGGGGAACUUGAAUAUAAGUCCUGAAGGUGUGGUGAUUAGAGAUGAGAAGGUGUUCAGGUUUGCAAAAGAUCAAAACAUUCCCCUUCUCAUGCUGACAUCAGCUUUUGCUGGAAAGACGCUGAUGGUUCGAACAGUCCAGCCACCAGCUUGGUUCUGAACUGGGCUUUAUCAUCCAGUGCGUGAAUAUGGUGCCAGGUUAUUUUAACAAAAUUCUACAAUGACUGGACCUUUCCUCGGCAGAACAGAUUCAUUUCAUGUCAAAGUUGGAGCU